UUGACUGACAAGCAAAAUGCGCCAAUCCGCUUCGAGAAGGUGGUUGAAUUUAUUCUGUGCGGAUACGUGGGUAUCGAAGUUCUUUUCGAAAUGAGUUUUAACUACGGCCAGGGUUAUCCAGGAGGACAAGCCGGAGGGGGUAACUUCCCCCGUCAACACCCACCCCCUGGUGCUCCAUACGGGGGUAGUGCCCCACCAGGACAGUACGGAGGCUCUGGCCCAUCGGGCUACGCCCCGUCUGGGGGAGCGACCGCACCUCCAGGGAGUCAGAAUGCUGGAGGGGCUGCCCCAGGUGGACCCUACGGGGGCUAUGGGGCCCCAGGACAGGGGAGGCAGGCUGGGGGAGCACCAGGGGCCCCAUACGGAGGGGGACAGACCCCUGGAGGGCCCUAUGCUGGGGGGUAUGGAGGACAGCCACAGGGAGGGCCCUAUGGACAGCAGUCUCCAGCAGGUAACAUACCACCAGGGGUGAACCCAGAAGCAUACCAGUGGUUCCAGACAGUGGAUACAGACCAUAGCGGCUCCAUCACUCUAAAGGAACUGAAACAGGCUCUGGUAAACUCCAACUGGUCAGCCUUCAACGACGAGACCUGCCUUAUGAUGAUCAACAUGUUUGACAAGACCAAGUCUGGCCGUAUCGACCUGUUUGGGUUCUCAGCCCUGUGGGUCUUCAUGCAACAGUGGAGACAGUUGUUCCAACAGUACGACCGCGACCGCUCCGGCUGCAUCAGUGGCACUGAGCUACACCAAGCCCUGUCCCAGAUGGGAUAUAACCUGAGUCCCCAGUUCACUGAGACGAUAGCGGCUAAGUACGCUGUGAGCUCUGGGCGUCCUGGUUCCCUGCAGCUAGACUCUUUCAUCCAGGUGUGUACACAGCUACAGAGCAUGACGCAGGCCUUCAGGGAGAAAGACUCCGCCAUGACGGGAAACAUACGCAUGAGCUACGAAGACUUUCUCUCCACCACCGUCAACAGGCUCAUGUGAGAGUGGGACAAUGGUAAUAUCCACCUCCCAGUGGUGGUUGAUGACACUUUACACGGGGUGGGCACAGGCUUAUAGUAUCAUCUUUCAUUUACUCCAUUCCAGCUGUUAUUUUGAGCUGUCCUCCCUUCACCAGCCUCCGGUGCCAGCCACCAAUAAUAGGCAAAAAAAAAAAAAAGGG